UGAUGAGAUGACAAUCCGCACCUGCCUGAAUGUAGCAUGGCAUGCCUUUUUCUGCCUCCCUCCUGAUGACUGGGAGUUGGAUUCCGACGAAGAUUUGGUCCAGUAUCAAACCUUUUUUAUAUGGCUCGGCCGUUCGAGUGUGGUCUUUUUUCUUCUGGAAGUCCUCAACUUUCUGUUGGACUUUGGCGUGGUCAUUGCCACAUAUCAACAACCCGAUGGAACACUCGAGACUAAAUUUGCCGCGUCGUUACUCCUGGUCGGUAUGAUUCUUUCCUUUUUCGUUAGUUGGUUGGGCGAACGUCGCAUUCAAAAGUGCGACCUCCGAUGGGCACCCUAUUUCCAAAACGCUCAGAAAUUCUUUCUCGACAUGCCCCUGACUCAAGCCAAGACGACGCGACGACUCUACGCGGUCGCCACCACCCAACUGGCCGUCUUUUUGGUGGAAAAUGGUGCCUUUUUGACGGUUCUGCAAGUCUCGGAUUUGUUGGACAAUCCGGGUGUGUUGGGUCAAAUUAACAUAAUCUUGACACUGAUUCAAACCGGCAUGACCAUGAUCAUGGUGCUGCUCAUCAUGUAUUUGGAUUUCAAACGAACCGAUGCCUGUUGUGGUGUGUGUUGCAGCGUUUCUUCAAAAUCAAGACAACGAGCCGGAUUGGAUCAGCUGCAACCUUCCCCUUGGAAUGAAAACAAUCCACUCCGCAUUCUUUGGCGUAUCCUCGUCCGCAUUGGCAAGGGUAUUGAACGGGUCAUGUGGUUUGGGUUUCUUUGGUGCAAGAUCCUAGUAUUUCUCGUCAUUUGGAUAUCUACCUUUUCCUUGGCAUGCUUUGCCCUGCAAUUUCUGGGAUCCUACCUCGUCACGGGAGAUACAUCCAGGGUGCUGGUGCAAGGGGCGCCAUUCUGGGUCUUGGUGGCCUUGUUUUGGCUCGUUGGCUUGUCCUUUGCCGUUACGUUGUUGCGAAAAAUGCCCAAAACCGAGGAAGAAAUCUACCAGGAAUCCACUCUACCUGCUUUGUCCCAGGAAGAGUUGUGCGAAGAUUUGCUCCUGACGGUAGAGUACGACCCAGAACAGGGCCCUGUCAGCGAGGAAUUAUUGACGAGUAGUGCGCGACUCCGAAUGAGUUCCAUGAUUACUGGAACAAUGUCGCCACCACAAGUACUACCGGUACCACGUCUACCCUCCGAUAUAGAAUUGUCUGGAGCUGCGGCCAAAAAGCAGCAAAAGAGGGAAGAAAAACGGGGGAAUCAGGAACAGAAAUCCACAAAUAGUGAGGAUGAUGACUCUUUCAAGGAUGGUACGGAGGAUCAGCAAGCUUAUCAAACAUCAGAAAGAACACAUGUUCGUCCAGAUCCUUCGGCGCAAGGGGAAGAAGUGGGAAGUUGA